GAUGGGGGGGAUAUGAUGACUGUUCCCCUCUGUUGUGGAAAUGAGAAGAGGCAGGCAGGCAGGGUUGGUAGGGGCUGGGCUGAUGACAGCAUCCUCCACCGCUCUGUGGCUCCACACCUGACCGACUCCAUCAGAUGCACAGAUGAUGGAGCUCUCCGUGCUGCCGGGUUAUUAUCAUGUUGCCACCAUUUCGCAUGUCCGCUGCCCGACACAUGUUCUCCAAACGCGGUAAUCAGCGUACGUGAAGAUUAUUUACCGAGUUGAUUUUUUUUUUGUUAAUUUUAUUUUUUAUGCUUGGUCAUUUUGUGGAUGCGGGGCUCGCAGAUUAUAUAUAUCGUGAAUGCUGAGUGGUCGGAUCGUGGGGGUCUUUGUUUUCCUGGAAAAGCGAGCAGGUCUGGACUGAUGCUGCGUCGCUGGUAAACACCAGAAAUGGGUGUCAUCGAACCAAGACUACAGAUCCCGGUUCGUUCUUGGACCAGAUUGUCCUUUUUCUUAUGAUAAACAUCUGACAAAUCCAGGUCUUUUAAGUUGCUGAGCCGAGCAGGCGUCACUCAAGCAAACAAAUGGUACAAUCAAUAGCCAGUGGACAGAGUCUGCCAUAGGGAGGGUAUCAAUAACACACUAAUACAUUUGACACACACACAUACACACACGCACACACUCACACACACACACACACACAUAGGCCAUGGCACUGGAGAACUCGGUCUUCCCCUCCCGCCCGGACUCCCUCUCGCUCCCUGUGGAGGAGAAAGGGGAAGGGGAAGAAGACGUGGAGGUGGCCACCGAGGCCACCGCCUCCACCGGAGUCUUCAACCUAUCAGAAGAGCUGGGCCACGUCGUCACCACAGAGACGGCACCGUCUCCCCCGCUCUUGGCCAAGGUCAGUAGGUCGUUCCAGUCCAAGUUGGCUGAGCGUGAGGCCCAAGCCAAUCAGCACAGGAAGAAGACCCAGGGGACGGAGAAGGAGAGGGGACGAUUCGGGUGGGCCCGGACUCGGCGUAAGAGGCAGCGCUAUGUGGAGAAGAACGGUCGCUGCAACGUGCAGCACGGCAACAUGCGGGAGACUUACCGCUACCUGACUGACAUCUUCACCACGCUUGUGGACCUCAACUGGCGCUGCUCGCUGUUUGUCUUCGUCAUGGCCUACGCUGUCACAUGGCUCUUCUUCGGGGCCAUCUGGUACCUCAUAGCCUACUGUAGGGGUGAUUUGGACCAUCUGGAAGAUGAGACGUGGACGCCGUGCGUCAACAAUGUCAACGGCUUCAUCUCGGCCUUCCUCUUCUCCAUCGAGACAGAGACCACCAUUGGCUACGGCCACCGCGUCAUCACCGACCAGUGUCCGGUGGGCACCAUGCUGCUGCUGCUGCAAGCUAUACUGGGAUCUAUGGUCAACGCCUUCAUGGUGGGCUGUAUGUUUGUGAAAAUCUCACAGCCCAACAAACGAGCCGAGACGCUGGUGUUCUCCAAACAUGCUGUCAUCUCUUUGAGGGACGACAAGCUCUGCCUGAUGUUCAGGGUCGGCGACCUGCGCAGCUCUCACAUUGUAGGGGCCAACAUGAGGGCCAAGCUCAUCAAGUCCAAACAGACUCAAGAGGGUGAGUUCAUCCCUCUGGACCAGACAGACAUCAGCGUGGGCUUCGAGACGGGCGAUGAUCGCCUCUUCCUGGUCUCGCCGCUGGUGAUCUCACAUGAGAUCGACGCACAUUCAGCUUUCUGGGACAUGUCGCAGGCCCAGCUGGAGAAGGAGGAUUUUGAGAUCGUGGUCAUCCUGGAGGGCAUGGUGGAGGCCACCGGGAUGACAUGCCAGGCGAGGAGCUCUUACCUAGCGGAGGAGGUGUUGUGGGGUCACAGGUUCAGCCCGAUGAUGUCCCUGGCAGAAGGUUUCUUCGACAUUGACUACGGCGCCUUCCAUCACACCUUUGAGGUGGACACGCCUUCCUGUUCGGCACGAGAGCUCUCAUUGGCUGCGGCCAGACUUGACGCUCACCUCUACUGGUCCAUCUCCAGCAGGCUGGAUGAAGAGCCUACCCUGACCAACCAGGCGGCCAAGCAGCCGGACAGCGGCUCGGCCAACAGCAAAGGAGGGGAGCCUACCUUCAUUGUCGGAGAGAUGACUGACAUCCAAGAGCAAUCAGGACUGGGCGAGCUGAACGGCAGCGUCGCCACCGACCAAUCCGAAUCAGAGGCCUAGAUCAGAGAAUGUUUACAAAGACCUUCAGUAUAUCACCACCACACCGUAGUUAGUGUUUGCAGAUCUUUUCUUUCGAGGCAAAUGAGUAGUUUCAUCAAGCUCAGUUCUACAGUAUAUGCCAUAUCUUAUGUUACCAUAUGAAGAGGUUUUAUUUCUUGAUAUUUUGUCUUUUAUUUCUAUGUUGAUCUUUGUUACAAGUGUAUGUGUGCUAUCUUUUUCAGUAUGUUGUGUUAGCUCCAAUCACCCUUGCCUAUAUCUACAUUUAAAUGACAAUACUAUGCUUUAGGUGGUAUAUCCUAGGGACCAAGGCAGAAUGUUAAAACAGAUAGAGAGCGAAAAGACGACACCGUGGUUGUUAAUGCAGAGUUAAGUGUACGGAUUGUUCACAUUUAAAUAGGUUCAGUGCAUAGAUGCUUUAAUUUCACCUGCGCAUGAAUAUCACUAGAUGGUAUGGAGAUAAAGACUGGAAUGGUAAUGACCUUGGAUUUCUUUAGAUGCAAAGAUUAUUCUAAGAUUUAUUUUGCAUCAAUCAGGUGUUAACAGGGUGGAGUCUGCUAGAAACUUCAUGUGAAACCGACCAUCAGCUGGUGCUAGAAAAAUCUAUUUGGCUGACAAAAUAGUUUAAGUGGCCAGCGGACAACAGAGAUGGUUUCCUGCCCUGCAAUUUCUUGUCUUCUGGAGGCACAGAGUAUUAUGUUUGUUAAUAACACCAGUAUGAAUUUGCUGACAUUCCUAACUGCACUCAACACAAUAUGGUGAGUAGGGUAUCUUAUCUAAAACCUUUAAUCUAUAUAGAGACAGGUUAACACUCGAGUGUGUCUGUGGCUUUGUUUCACAUUGGACGUGUGUAGCACAAGGAUUAUCUAUCUUUUGUCCCCAAUCAAGUAGAAAUUAAAAGCACAACAGUGUCCUGCUCUGUUCAGCCCAAACUCCUGCUUCUGCUGCUGUGUUCAUUUUUACUUGAUGUUUUUAAUAGUAAUAUAACACAUCAAUUAGAAUUAAUAAACAACAUUAUAUUCCAGA